AUGGAAGGAGACUGCCGCCGAGCAAAAAAGAUCCUGAAUACAUUCUGUCCGGUCGGCACACAGCAUGGACUAGACAAAGUAAUUCCUCGCAGCGUACUUCGUAAGGCGAAGGGGUUCGCUAUCUUCACGAUUUUCCGCGUAGGCUUCCUUAUGAGCGCUCGCGUCGGUAUGGGAGUGGUUGUCGCGAAACUCCCAAGUGGCGAGUGGUCACCGCCUGCAUCUAUUGGAAUUGGAGGCCUCGGCGGUGGCUUCAAUGCUGGAGCUGAAAUGGUCGACUUUCUGGUUGUGUUGAAUUCCCGUGCAGCUGUGCGCUCAUUCAUGACAGCCGGUUCUCUUCAACUAGGUGGAAACUUGAGUCUGGCUGUAGGCCCACUUGGUCGCACAGGUGAGGCGAGCGCGGCGAUGAAUGCCGAUAUGCAAUUUUCGGCUAUGUACAGCUACAGUGUCAGCCGGGGUCUGUAUGGUGGUAUUACCAUCGAGGGCACUGUUUUGAUUGAACGGAAAGAUACAAAUGAAAAAGUGUACGGGGGUUCUGUUACGCCCAUGCAGAUCUUGAGCGGUCAAGUCGAAAUGCCCCAGUUUGCUAUACCGUUGAUAACUCGCAUCGAAGAGGCCACAGGCAAGGUUCCAUUCGCCGAUGAGGAUUCAUCCGUCAUCGGAAAUGAAGACUACAAUGACCUUGGGUACGACGCUCACUUCGACGACUUGUAUGCUCCUCCGCAAAGUAUUCGUCGUCGCACAGCCCCUAAUGCGCCAUCGCCUGUUUCAUACCGGCAACGGCUGUCAGGUUCACCCAUGGAUGAUCUUGAUGAGCAGCUCCAGUCUGCGAGUUUAAGUGGUCGCAGUCCAAGUCCACCCCCUCCAUCGCGCUGGCGACCACCCGGUGUGCAUCACAGAUCCGACCCGUGCACAGCACGUGGCCCUUCCACUUAUGAUGCACCGACGUUUUCGACAUCGUCUAAAUACCGUGUGGAUUCGUUCGGACGCGGCUCAUCCAGCCAUUCUCGGACACGAACGCAAGAUUCAUUAGCUCACGCUGCAGAAAAUCCUUUCAGUGAUAUGAACGCUGUAUUAGACGAUGAUAUUCCGCACACGCAGAGAUAUUCGCAAUUACAUUUCCAAUCACACUCAAUUGAAUUGCCCUCUGACAAUUAUGCAUUGCUGGAUGUUGAUUCAACGCAAAUGCCGACCCCCGCUAGUUGUCUACGUGACCCUGAUCCAGUACAAACACAUCCUAUCGAUCUUGUGGAUCCUUCUCUUCUCGACGGUGAUCUUGUUGUCGCUACCCAUGACUAUAAGGCACAACGUGACUCGGAUCUGUCUUUCCAACGUGGCGAUUUGAUUCGCGUAACGCGCCGCACUGAUAAACUUGAUGACUGGUGGAUGGGAGAGCUUGUAGCCAACUACCGCGAGGGACCACCGGAAUCUGGCGAGUUCCCAUCAAACUACACUGAGCCACUCUAG